AUGACCACUAGCACUUCUUUGAUAGCCGACCGUGAUGAUGAGACUCGUUCCUUGGUAGACGAUCCAUCUUUUUCUGCCGAGAAAGAAGACUCAUACGGAGGCACAACAACAGACGAUGAUCCUUCGAUCCUCCGAGAACGCCGCAAAUCGACACCGGAGGAAACCGCCGCAACACUGACACUGAUCAAGGAGCGCAAUACCGUGUACAAUCCCAAAUGUUUGUUUCACGCCGAAGCCUGGGAUGACGGCACGGCCAGUAUUGGCAAUGAAAUAUUGAACUUGGUCAAGAAUAUUGUGGGAUCGGGAGGAUUGUCACUGCCGGCUGGAAUGGCCGCCUUUGGCAAUCAAUGGACGGCCGUGUUUCCCGCCUUGUUGGUGAUUCUUGCCAUGGGAGUGUUGAAUGCCUACAGCUUUUCCUUGAUUGGUCGGGUUUCGGCAGUCACCAAAUCCAAAACGUAUCAAGAAUGCUGGGAUCGAACCGUGGGGCGUCGUCAUGGAACCAAGUACAACAUUUGGGUGGGACUGGUCGUCACAGGAAAGGCGAUUCUGGGUUGUUGGUCGUUUUCGAUUGUCAUUGCGUCUACAUGUACACCUCUGGCUAGAAGCUUGGGGUUUGAUUGGACCAAGACAGAGACACUGGUGGGGAUCACUCUAGUGGUCCUGUUGCCUCUCUGUCUGCUGGAAAGACUCAGCUCUCUGGCCAUAUUUUCCUUGAUUGGACAAAUUGGUACAGGUGUCACAGCUUGUACCAUGAUUCUACGAUACUUUGAUGGCUCGUACCGUGAAGGAGGUCGCUUCUACGACGAUCUACCACCCGAGCAUUUGCCCCAAUUUGGAACCAAGGGUGCCAUGUCCUUCUUUUCCCCACAAGCACUCAUUCUGAUUAGCAUUCUAUCCACGGGCUAUGUGGCCCACUACAAUGCUUCCAAGUACUACUACGAACUCCGGGAUCACACCACGGGACGCUUCAACGUGGUCGUCAAUGCCAGUUUCUUUUCGGCGGCCAUUACCUACAUGUGUAUUAGUACGCUGGGUUUUCUGACCUUUGGAGAAAACUCGGCUGGGUUCAUUUUGGACAAUUACUCGUAUCGCGAUCCAUUGGCGGCACUGUCGAGAUUCGGUGUGGCCCUAUCGGUCAUCUUUGCGUAUCCGCUGUUGUUCCAAGGAGGCCGGGAUGGACUGUGGGACUUGCUCGGCCAAACCAGCAGCAGCAGCAGCUGUUCCAAACGAACCACGACAAUCCUCUUGUUGAGUACCGUCACAGUUCUGGCCAUUGUCGUUAGUGAUUUGACCUUUGUGUUGAGUUUUGGAGGUGCUACUCUGUCUUCGGCCAUUAUUUACAUCUUUCCACCUCUCAUGUUUCAAAGCUUGGUUUUGAACUGCACUUGUGUGGCCACAUAUACCAGCAACUGGGAAGUGAGAGAAUCGGAAAUCAUGAUGUGGGUUGGUGGAAUCCUUGGAGUGUGUGGAGCUGUCGUGACGGUCGUGAGGACCUUCUUUUAG